AGGAGGAAUUUUUACAAAGUACGCAGGAGCACCCCUCCGUUCGUAAGAACACCCCCUCUUCUGCCUCCUGCAUCUUCGCUUGCAGUUGAGCGCGCCUCUCUCUCUCUCUUCUUUCUCUGUUCGCCUCACACAGGAACACCCCUCUUCGAUACAAUCCAAUCUUGCCGACUGCGUCUUCGCCUGCGAUUGAGCCGGUCUCGCGUACAAUCCCUCGUCUUUUUCUGCGUUGGAGCUUGAAAGUCUGCGAAUUUCUUCACAUUUUUCAAGCUUGAAGAAGACCCAUCCGAGGAAAUUAAAUGUCUGAGAGACAAGCCCUCGAUCAGCAGCAUCAAGUUGAUCCCCACCUGCAAUCUCCGAAGCAUCCGAAGGAAGAUAUGCUGGCUUGUGUUACUGCACUGGAGGAAGCUUUGCUACCAUGCCUGCCAGCAAGAGAGCUUCAAGCUAUAGACCGCUCCCAGCAUCCUUCACAUCAAAUUGAUGUCGAGAGGCAUGCUAGAGAUUUUAUGGAGGCUGCCAAAAAACUUCAAGUUUACUUUAUCAGUCUUCAGCGUGAGGAUCAGCCAACCGAGGCUGAAAAGCUUAUGAAGGAGAUAGUAAUGAUGGAGGAAGAACUAAAAAUAAAGACCGAGCUCAUCAAGAAACAGGAGAGACUGAUCCAAGGGUGGAGGAAAGACUUGAAGGAUCAAUUGGAUAAAAUCAACUGUGAACUUGAGAAGGUAUAGACAAUUUCCAGAAGACUCGGUCUAUGCUCAACUUGGAGGUGGACAAAAGAUGGAUUGCUUUUUAUGCUACUGGUUAUCUCAACAUGAAAAGACUUUUAUUCUUUGCCUCAUGAGUGCACAAUUUUUUCAACCACUAUUCAUUUUUUUUUUAUUCGGUGGGUCUUUUGUAAUUAUAGGCUCUUGGAUCAAAAUGCUGCAAAAGGGGAAAAAUCACCCCUCGCAGUGCGAUCUGUGGGUCGACCAAGAUCCUUGAUGCCUUAUUUUAGCAUUUGUUGUUCUAAUUGUCAGCUUUAGAAAAAAAUUCUGCCUCUUUGCCUGUCUAUUGCUUUCGAAUUAAUGUCUUGAAGAAGUUGCUAUUCGCAACUCGUUAAUAGGACUAGAGCCUCCUUUUCUUC